AUGCCUCGAACGUACAUUAAGAAGGGUCAUAGGCCUGUAUAUUCGGACAAUGACUUAACAGCUGCUCUACAAGAAGUCUCUUUCGAAGCUAAUAUUCGUGUAACAUCAAAGAAAUUCAAUAUUCCGUAUACAGCUUUACAAAAGCAUCAUACUGCGCAAGUCUGGUAUAAGGGUCCUGGACGAGCUACACACUUUACUGAUUUGGAAGAAACAUAUUUAGUUGGUGCGGUUACUGUUUUACAAAAAUUAGUUAAUUCGUCCGCUGUUCGAAAAGUCAACAUCAUCAAGGGAUUUAUGAAUACGGGUAUUUAUCCACUUGAUAGAAUGUCGAUUAAUUCUGCAAAAAUUUUGAAAUGCAACAAUAAAAUUGAAAAGGAUAUUGCUUUGCCCAAACACCCAAAAACUUCAAUUGAUUCAAGCGAUGAUGAUGAUGAAGAAGAUAAUAUACCUAUUGCGUCGAGAUUGACAGCUGAUGUUCCCCUAGAUUUGUCUUUCCCAAUGAAAUCAUCACUUGAAAUUACAUAUUCUAAAGCACUACCAUCUAGUCCGACGAGAACCAUUCGACGUACCCUUUGCUCGAUUAGACCAUCAGCUACAGAACAACCACCUGCGAAAAAAAUAGUGCUUGAAAGAGAAGCUAGUCAACUAUUAACAGAUGAACAAGUUCUACAACAACUGAAAGAGAAAGAAGAACGUGCCCUGAAAGCGAAACGAGUUACAACACAAACACUCAAACCUCCAACUACAAAAACUAAACAAAAGAAAAUACUGACCACUAUUCACGAAAACAAUAAUGAUGAUAAAUCGGCCGGUGUAUCGUGUACUGUUAUAUACAGUGUAACAUUAUAG